AUGAAGCAGAAUGUUGAUAAUCUAUUAUUUAGUGAAGAUGAAUUCAACGAGGUUGUAAUACCUCCAAUAAUUUCUUCUGAGGAGAAGUUGGAUAGUGAAAUGGAUAAACAAUUUACACUUGACAUCCAGAAGGAUUUUCCUUUGUUAUCAGCUGAAAAAAUAGUUAAUGUUGUUGUUGUGACUUUUCAGAAUAUACAAAAGCAAGUGAAUUUAGAUGCUAGUGCAGUGGGGAAUGAAGUAGUUAAAGAGAUAAUUACAGGUGGACAACAAAGUACUAGUAAUAGUGGUAAAAUGCAAAUAUUUGCUAAUAAAUUUCAAGUACUGAGGAAUAUGGUUGAGGAACAAAAUGAUAGUGGACCAAGUACUUCUGUGGCUGGUAAUGGAAAGGAUAAAAGCAUUGGAAGAAUUACUAAAAACAAGAAUACAAAGCUUAUUCCUAAUGUAACAACAAGAAAACAGGAAGCUUCAACUCAUCCUAAAGUGAAAGUAAAAGGCAACUCUAUUACUGACUUAAAACUACCUGGUAUGUGUAGAACAAUAAUUCAUAAUUCUGCUCAUGGUAAAAAGGCUAAUAUAUGGUUAUUCUGGCAUGUUUCUUUGGCUGCUCCAACUGUAAUAUCCAUCACUAAACAAGCAAUAACAGUGGCAAUUGGAAAUGUUAUGGUAACUGGUGUGCAUGCAUAUUGUUUAACAAUUAAUAGAAGGGAACUUUGGGAGGAAUUGGCUGAAUUAAGCAGUAAGAAUUGUCCUUGGUUAGUGAUUGGUGAUUUUAAUGUGGUUCUUAUUAAUGCUGAAAAGAAGGGAGGUAGAAGACCUCUAAGAGUUUCUAUUCAAGACUUUAGAGAAUGCUUGGAUGUUUGUAAGUUGAUGCAAGCUUCCAGAUCAGGGAUUUUUUUCUCUUGGUGUAAUAACAAGGCUGGAAAAAAAAGGAUCAUAUGUGAUUUAGAUAAAUAUUUUGUUAAUGUUAAGUGGUUGGAGUUGCAUGAUGGAUGGAGCUAUAAAGUUGGCAAUAGAGGAGUUUCAGACCAUGAAGCUUUAUUGGGGUCUGUGGUGGGAAUUUUAAAACCUCAAAAUGUUCCAUUUAGAUUCAAACAAAGUGUGAAGAUAUGGAAUUGGGAGAUUUUUGGUGAUUUGAAGAAAAAAGUUCAGUCUGCUGAGAAAGAUGUUUUGAAUGCCUCUCUUUUAUCUGAUGCUGACCCUGAGAACAUUACACUCUUAAAUGAAUUGGUUACUGCAAGAGGAAGACAAGAGAUGGCUGAACAACAAUACAAUGAAUUGAUGCAAGCAAAAUCUAGAGUCAAAUGGGUUAAAGGUGGUGGAUCUAAUACAGCAUUCUUUCAUGUUAAUAUGAAAAUAAGACAAGCUCAAAACACUAUAGUUGAGAUGGAGGAUAAGAAUGGUACUGUGGUUACUGAUCAAAGGAUUUUAGCUAACAUGCUUGUUGAACAUUUUCAGAACAAGUUUAAGACACAAGCAGUGGAUCUUACAGGUAGCAUCUUUAAUGUGAUUCCAAAAAUUCUUACUGAAGAAGAUAAUACAAUACUAGAUGAUGUUCCUACAAACAUAGAGACUAAGAAUGUUGUCUUUGGAAUGGAUGCAAAUUCUUCACCUGGUCCAGAUGGAUUUCCUGGAAGUUUCUUUAAGUUUGCUUGGGAAAUAGUUGGAGAAGAUAUGAUAAAAGUAAUUCAAUAUUGUUGGAGAUGUAGAUUUAUCCCUAAAGGUCUCAAUUCAAAUUUCUUGUUCUUAUUACCUAAAGUGAAAGGAGCAAAAAGAGUGGACCAAUUUAGACCAAUUGGAUUGGCUAACUUCAGUUUCAAAGUAAUAACCAGAAUCAUAACUACUAGACUGAGCAGGGUGGUGAAUCAAUUAGUAUCCAGUCAGCAAGGGGCCUUCAUUAAGGGAAAAACUAUUCAUGAGAAAAUAGUUAUGGCAUCUGAGUUAAUUAAUAAGAUGAAUAUUAAAAAGAGAGAUGAAUUGGGAAUCAAUUGGUUAAAAGUUUUAUUCACUUCAGCUAGGAUAUCAGUGUUGAUAAAUGGAGGUCCGUGUGGGUUUUUUGAAGUGAGUAGAGGACUGAGACAAGGAGAUCCACUCUCUCCCACUCUCUUUGUGCUUGCUGAGGAAGUGUUGAGUAGAAACUUAAUUCAAAUGGUGAAAGAGGGUAAAAUUCAGGCAAUGGUACAAAGACAUGGAGUGAAGCCAUCUCAUUUAUUAUUUGCAGAUGAUAUUUUUGUGUUCUGCAAUGGACAUAAGAAAUCCUUAGACAAACUAAUGGAACUAUUGAUGAGCUAUCAGAGUGCUUCUGGUCAGGUGAUAAACAAACAAAAAAGUAAAUUCUUUGUUGGAGGUACAACUGAUUCUAAAAGAAAGAAGAUUACAGAUCAAAUGCAAAUGGAAUUAUCAGAAUUUCCAGAUAAAUACCUUGAUGUAAUCCUCGGUCCUGGAAGAGUAAAAGUGCAUCAAGUUUGGGGGGUUGUGGAGAUGAUUUAUCCAGUCUACACAAUGUUUGUGUAUAAAUGGCCAAAGGUAAUUAUACAUGAAUGUGAAAGAAUUAUCAGGAAUUUUUUGUGGACUGGAGAUCCCUCUGAAAAGAAACUUGUAACUGUAAAAUGGGAGGAGAUAAAUGCUCAAAUUGCUGAAGGAGGAUUGGGUCUUAGAAGGUUGGAAGUAAUAAACAAGGCAUUGUUGAUGACACUACUAUGGAGAAUUUUGACUGAAGAUGAGGAAUGGACAAGAUUCAUGAAGGAUAAAUUUAUGAACAAAAAUGGUGAAUGGAUCCAAUCAUAUAAACAAUCUUCUAUAUGGCCUGGAUUGAUAUUGGUAAUUCAUGAUGUUAAUGAAGGUUCCAGAUGGUUGGUUAGGAAUGGAAAACAUAUAUCAGUAUGGAUGGACAAAUGGGUGUAUGAAUACACUUUAGCUGAAAAAUAUCCAGAUAACACCUUCAUCCAACAACAUAAGGACUAG